AUGCAUCCAUUAAUAUACAGACAACAAUUUCCGAUCCUCCCGUAUCCGUUACAGGGUGUUCCACGUCCACGUAAGCCUAUAUUGCAUUCAUGUCUUUGUGUAGUUAUAGACGAAGAGGACCUCGCCACAGUCGCACUUCAAAUUCAUAAAAAGCGAUUUUAUGUAGAUGUCAAAAAAAAUUGGCGGGGUCGCUUUAUGAAAAUUGCCGAGGUUGGAAUGGAUGGAAGAAAGUCACGGAUCCUUCUGACGAUGACGGCAGCCGAUGAUUUUAAGGAUAAAGUCCUUGAUAUUGUCAAUAUCUACGAAGAACUAGUGAAAAAAAGCGAAGAACAGCCCAGUCCUUCCAAUCAUGAUGAUAAAGAUGACGGGAUUAUCAAAUCUCAUAUCUUAAAUUACCCCCAUCGCAGAUAUUACCUCGACCUCAAACGAAACCAGCGUGGUUAUUUUCUGCGGGUAACAAUGUUGUCUACAAGUGCUCGAAUAAAGCUUGCCAUUCCUGCGGAAGGCAUGCGAGAAUUGCAUGAUUCUAUUUGUGGUUUACUGAAGACUUGGUGGAAUCGUACGCCCUCUAAUAAUGAGAAAAAAGGUUUUAAUCUGUUUUUUGUCUGGGCGUCUAGUCGCACAGCAAUUACAAUUCCCGGUCGUUCCGUUAGUAAAUUCAGGGACAUAAUUAAUGAGCUUGCAGAACAUCUUUCUGCCACCGAGGUCGGUGAUAAUGAAAGCCCAACUCACGAGAAUGUACAGUCUGAUGUAAAUGAACCGGAAUCUCCGGAACCAACUAAGACUCCUUCUCCAGAGCCCCCCACUGACUAA